AUGAGCCGUCUUUCGAAGUCUGAAGGUAAAAUACGUAGAGCGGAUUCGCGUGUAUCGAUUAGUGACGCCAGUAAACGGAUGGCUGGAUGUGGAGACUGGUCUCCAACAAGCAGUCGACGCCUUUACGAUUCCGAUGACGACUCAGUGGAACGCUCUCCAAAAAGUCGCAUGACUAUGUCAUGCCCGCCCUAUCAUCAACCCCUGCGUCUUCGCUGCCGUAAUCGUCCUAUUCCUCGCCUCGACUUCUCACGUGUAGAUGAGUUCCCAGAAGCAUUCUCGUCGCCAGCAACAACAACCGAUUCAACAGUGUCGUCGUUAUCAUCGACCCAACGGACGAGAUCGCGUUCAAAAGUUUGUAAGCAUAGUCGGAUGCUGUCUAUUAAAUAUGAGAUUACACAGGGGAUUGUAUUAGAUGGAAUGAUCUCGUAUAUCUGGAAAAUAGGAAAGGAAUUCGAGAAAAUAUCUAACACGACAAGCUCUGCAGAAGAAAGUGUCUAG